CCACCGCAAGAUCCUGACCGUAGAAAACGGAAUAUGAGGCGUAGAAAUCAAACAGUUUGAAAUACGGGUUAAUAUAUCCAACGGUCGAGUUGGAUUGACAGCAUUUUAAUAAGAUACGCCUGAAAAGAGAGAUGCAAGAAGCAGAAAUCCCAGAAGCCCUAAUAGCGGAGGAGGAAGAAGUAGAAGAAGGACGAUUCGUCGCAUGCUAUCUGUUGAGCUCUCGCAGCCCCCGCUACAAAUGCCACACCUAUAUUGGUUUGAAACUUUCUUGUAGAGCUUGGAGUAAUAAGAGAGCCCACUUGAACUCCGUGCCUUUGUUUGUGCUUAUUUGGGUGAUUCUGAUACAGAUUCACAGUGAACCCACGGCGUCGUUUAAGACAGCACAAUGGUGAAAUAGCGCAAGGUGCUUGGAGAACGAAGCGGAAGCGUCCAUGGGAGAUGGUGUUGUGCAUCUAUGGUUUCCCAACUAACGUUUCUGCUCUCCAGUUUGAAUGGGCCUGGCAGCACCCAACUGUAUCGAAGGCGGUUAGGCAGGCUGCUGCAAGCUUUAAAUCACUGUGUUCCCUUUGGAACUUUGCAGUUUGAAUGGGCCUGGCAGCACCCAACUGUAUCGAAGGCGGUUAGGCAGGCUGCUGCAAGCUUUAAAUCACUGGGAGGGCUUGUCCGUAAGAUCAAACUUGCAUACACCAUGCUCACUCUCCCUCCUUGGCAGACCUUGAACAUCACUGUAAACUUCUUUUCAACCCAGUACACCAAACAUUCUGCUGGUUGUCCACCCCUUCCGGAGCAGAUGAAGGUCAAAGUCUGCUCCAUGGAUGAGCUUGCUUCCUGUACUAAACUAUCUGAUGACCUUUUGGAAAAUGAAGAUGAGUGGCGUCAUGAAAGGGAAUGUGAUGAAGAUAUGAAUUCCAGUACACUACCCGAAGAAACAUUAUUGGACUUCAGGACUCAUAAUUCAGCAGCUGAUCAGCAGAGUGAUAGUGGCAUUAGAAUGAAUGAAAUAUAUGGAUGCAGUAAAGAAUUAGGAGAAGAUGAGUGGUAUAAUGGAAAAGAAUGUGAUGAAGCUAUGAAAGAUGGUACAUGACAGGAAGAAACAUUAUCAGAUCUUAUAAUUCCAAGGUCAGCAGAUGAUCAGCAGGAUGAUACUGGCAA